CUCCUUCGGCCUCCAAAGGAAAAAAAUUUCUCUCCCCAAAAUCAUACACAUCUCUGCUCUCUCUCCCCCACCCCCACGCCUUCGGAUUCCGGCGACGCCACGUCCACCCAGAUCGGAGACGCCACCCUAGGACGACGACCAACAGUGCCUUCGCCCACCAUCCAGUGCUUCUCUCCUCAAACGCUCCUUUCUCUCCUCCCUCUCUAUCCCCCUUCGUCCUAUAGAUUUAGACUGAAUAGGUGAUUGAUUGUAUUGAAAUUUCAGGGUUGGGUUUCGGUUUAGAGUAUUCUUGAGUUGUGUUGGUUGAUUUUGUUGGGUUGCUCUUUCAACAUUGCCGGUUCUUUUGCGGAGGUUUCAUCCCCAAAACAAUGGAGAGAGACCAUAGAUGAAGAUUUUUGUGGUGUUAAAAGAAAAAAGAAAUAAAUAAAAAGUAGAAAUUAAAAUAAAUAAUCUGCUGAGUUUACAUUAAAAUUUAAAAUUGAGCAGGCAAAAUAAAAAAGAGGGGCCUUUAGUAGUUAAAGAAUGGAGUUUGCUUUGAGAAGUUAAGGUAUACAUGGAGCUGCAACUUUUCGCACGCUCUCAAGGUGUUUGAUGGAUGGGAUGCUUGAAUGAAACUUGGCUACUUGGCUUCGUUAAACGCAGAGUUCCUGGGGUUUUCACAAACCUGCAUCUAUGUCAGAGCUUUUAUGGUUCUUCGGGGUGGCAGCCUGCGUAAAGCUCCUCCUCAUCCCAUCCUACCAUAGCACAGACUUCGAGGUCCACCGCCACUGGCUCGCUCUCACCCACUCCCUCCCUCUCUCCAAAUGGUACUCCGACGAGACCAGCCCCUGGACCCUCGACUACCCUCCCUUCUUCGCCUACUUCGAGCGCGUUCUUUCCAUUUUCGCCAACCUCAUCGACACCCAAAUCGUUCAUCUCCAAGAGGGCCUCAACUAUAGCUCCGACACUGUGGUUUUGUUCCAAAGAAUCACUGUGAUCUUGUCUGAUUUGUGCUUGUUAUAUGGGGUUUAUAGAUUGACCAAGGAUUUGGAUUCAAGGAGGCGAAUUUCGAUCUGGGUAUUGAUCAUUUGGUCCCCGAUGCUUGUGAUUGUGGACCAUAUGCAUUUCCAGUACAAUGGGUUUCUGUUGGGGCUCUUACUGAUGUCGCUUUCGUAUUUGGAGGAAGGGAGAGACUUGAUGGGCGGGUUUGUUUUUGCGGUUCUGUUGUGCUUCAAGCACUUGUUUGCGGUGGCGGCGCCCGUUUAUUUUGUGUACUUGUUGCGGCAUUACUGUUGGGGCGGAUUUGUGAGGGGCUUCAGGCGGCUUUCGGUUUUGGGGGCGGUGGUUGUAGCGGUUUUUGCAGCGGCGUAUGCACCGUUUGUCUAUCAUGGGCAGAUACAACAAGUCCUUCACCGUAUGUUUCCUUUCGGCAGAGGACUUUGCCAUGCAUAUUGGGCUCCAAAUUUUUGGACAUUUUAUAUUAUUUUAGAUAAAGGACUUGCCUUUUUCCUUAAAAAGCUUGGGUUUGCCAUUCAGAUACCAGCAGCUUCAUUCACUGGUGGGCUAGUGGGGGAUUCCUCACCUUUCGCUAUACUACCUCAGAUCACCCCCUUGACAACCUUUACAAUGGUCCUGCUUGCCUUAUCUCCUUGUCUUAUUAAGGCUUGGAGAGAUCCCCGGCCAGGGAUGAUUACUAGAUGGGUAGCCUAUGCUUACACAUGUGGUUUCUUAUUUGGAUGGCAUGUUCAUGAGAAAGCAUCUCUCCACUUUGUGAUUCCCCUUGCCACUGUUGCGGUGCAAAAUUUGGACAAUGCAAGGCAUUAUUUCUUGCUAUCAAUAGUUUCUUGCUACUCCUUGUUCCCUCUUCUGUUUGAAGCCCAAGAAUACCCAAUAAAAGUCCUCUUGCUGCUGCUACACUCCAUUAUAAUGUGGCUUGCAUUUUCUGCACAAUUCACUAAGGAAGAAACUGCACCUAUAAAGAAAAAAGUUGAUCAAUUGGAGAAGAGAAGUUCCAACGCGACUGCCAAGAGAGGAGAAGGGUUUGUUAUAGGAGGGGUUGAGAAGAGUUACUUGGUAGGUCUUUUGGCGGUCGAGAUAUGGGGCCAGCUUUUGCAUCCCUUACUUUUUGGUGAUAAGCUUUCUUUUGUACCCCUUAUGUUGAUUUCUAUAUAUUCUGGAUUAGGGAUCAUGUACUCUUGGAUUUGGCAAUUGAGAUGGAUCAUAAGAUCCCCCAAUAUAUAAUUUCUUGUGUUUGGAUUGCU